AUGGGAAGUAAUCCAAACAAAACUCCGAUAAAGUUUGAUUUUGAUGGGUGGAUUAGAGGAUCACUCGGCUUAGUUGAGGUAGAAAGACGAAGAAGACCUGAAAAUGCCAUUGUUUGUAAGCAUUGGUUAAGAGGUCUAUGUAAAAAAGGAGAUGCAUGUGAGUUCUUACAUGUUUAUGCUUUAGAUAAGAUGCCUGAAUGUUGGUUCUUCUCUAAGUAUGGCGAGUGCAGUAAUCAAGACUGUUUAUUCUUACAUAUAGAUCCUAAUAGUAAGAGUAAAGAGUGUAUCUGGUAUACUAGAGGCUUCUGUAAGCAUGGUAGUAGUUGUCGCAACCGACAUUACAAGAAGAGAAUGUGUUUUAAUUAUGAAGCCGGGUUCUGUCCUGCCGGUCCUACUUGUCCUUACGGCCAUCCUAAGUUUGAUAAUACUGGAGUUGACUAUUCCGAAUCCCAUGCCUAUCAACACCGCCGUAUGAACAGGCAGCCCAUUCGUGAGUACAACUAA